CUGUGCACACCAAUCCCACCAACACUACUCGCAGACACACGCGCCAUCACAUCACUGUUCUCUUUUCUCCCGAGGUGUUUUCUAGCUGCACAGAGGUAGCUUUUGUGGCAGCCUACAACUGAUUCGGUCGCGGUGCGUCGUGGAAGAAGGACCUGUGGUGUCGGAAGUGCAACCGUUCCUCGUUCGUUGGUUCUUUUUUUUUUGUGCUGCUGCUGCAACUGUUACCACCGUAACGACGACGACGAAGACGACGUUCAACUUGCGGAAAGGAGGUCGGAGCGAAGUUUUUUUUUCCUCUACUCGAGCUACAUUCGAUUUCUUCACUUCGAUUUUGACGAGUGCGAGUGCCUCCAGUGGAUUCCACGGCACUCCAGUCCCUGACGCGAGGAUCAAAUCGUGGCAAACAGUUGGAGGAAGAACGGGUGCGUGUGCUACGCGUCUUACCACACACCGAAUCGUUACAUCAACAUUGGGCAGUCAGAAGGGGGAAGGGCAGAUUUCGUGAGACGGCGACAAUCGAGUGAAUGUUUUGUUGUUUAUUUGUGGAAGUUCCGAAGGACGACACUCUGUGAAAACAAGGCUCAAUUUUUUGUAUGGAAAGAUACCUGUAAGAAGAAAAGAACCUUAAAUCAAUUCCUGUGCUACCUGGAGUAUACCCCGUAUCCAGCUUCGAGUGAAUUAGAGAGCGAGAAAAAAAGAAGAAUUGUAAAUUAUUAAAACAAACACACACUCGAAAAGAGUAUCAUCGGAAAAGUUCGAUGUUGAAAUCCCAUUUCUCACCCACACUCACAAUAUAAUUUCACGGGUAGUGGAAGAAGUGCAUAGAGGAGGUAGGCAAGCAAAAAAAAAGCGGCCAACACACGGAUAGUGCCAGUUUCAGUUCGACUUCAUCUGCGGGAAGAAACGCGAAAAUUGACACACACAGAAAUAUAUCAGUGUGAUCGCGCAACGGUGGUCGCGUGAAGUGGUGAAACGUGCGAUAAAAAAAAUAAGUGAGUGAGGAAACAAAUAAGUCUGUGAUUAAAAUUCAAUAAUUUAUCAACCGAAGAUAUCAUCAUCAUCCGAACGGGUGCUAAUCGUAUAGGAUUAAGUAAUAAACCGCGCGCAGCGAAACCGGACCGAGUUCGAGUCCGAAAUAUCAGACAUGGAAUCGAUGGAGUAUGAAAUGGCCCGCAACAUGACGUUGCUGUUCUUCUUGGAGCGGCUGCUCGAUCGUGGCGAGCCACGCACACUGCACGAUCUGUCCUGUCAGUUCGGGGCGCGUGGAUUCACCAAGGAGAUGCGACAGAUCGCCGGCGGCAGUCAGUCAGGUCUCAAGAAAUUCCUCUCGCAGUACCCGGCCCUGUUCGAGAUCAACGGGGACUUCGUGCACAUCAACAGCUACACAUCAAGCAAUGUGGACGACUCGUCGAUCUCGGGUAAGCGGGACUACAUCCAGGAGGCGAAGGACUACUUCAAACACAAGCUGCUGCAGUACGGCAAGGGUACCGAGGUGCCCAUCCGCAGUUUGCUGGGCCAUCGCAGCCAGGCAUCGCCCCAGGUGCGACACAUCUCCGGCCAGCACAUUCGGGAGUUCACAGAGUUUCUGGUGAAACAUCCGGACACCUUCCAGGUCGUGGACGGAGAGAAUGUGGUGCUCGUGGGGUGUGAGAACGAGGAAGAUGUGCCCCUCUCGGAGCGACUGCAUCUGCCCAAUUCUUCCAUCGAUACACAGGCCACCCAGCAGCUGCUGGACUCGUUUGCUCAAGUGAUAGAGAUUAAGGGUCCCAUCAUCGUCGAUCAGCUCUUCCACAUGGUAACUUCGAACUUCCCCCAGGAGCAGUGGUUCAACAUGUUCAAGAAUCCGAGCGACUUGAAGACUUUCCUGAAACUUUUCUCCGACUGUUUCCACAUCCAAUCCAAUCUAGUCACGCUAUUGCAGAAGCCAAAGCUGUCCGAUUCGCACAUCCGACAGGCACAGGAAAAGCUCAAUCUCUCCAAUAGCACCUUCAACACGGGUGGUACUAUUACAGCGAGCAGCGGAAGUGCCGUAGGCAGUGCCAAUGGAAGCAAUAACACGAGUCGGACGGCCUCACCGAAAAAUAUGAUCGGUGAUUUUAAACUGAACGAGCCGGUCUCGGUCGGUAUCGGACCGAAUAACCCAAACAAUGCGUUGAACAGUAUCAAAAGUGAACCCACCAGUGGUUUCGAUAGUUUGCUCAUCAACAGUGAGUUUAGGAUGGAAAAUCUGUGUCCCAAGAACUGCCCCUCGUCGUCCACAUUGGCGUACUCAAAACAAUCGCAACAGCAGCAGCAGCAACAGACGGCGACCAUGAGGCACGAAUCAAACCAACCUUCCGCCGAAAAGGCCAAUCUCAUCAACAAUAACCCGGCUGUGAAUCCGAAAAAUCAAACCCUAAAGCAACGCAUCAAUAGUUUGGUCAUCAAAACUCUCGCCGAGAACCUCGAAAAAGAUAAGCAAUCAAUGUCUGCCAUUCAGCAAACACAUCACAGCGUGGGUGUCGGCUCCGGGGGCUGCCCGCCGAAUAAUAAUCCCCCGCCACAUCCGGUUUCGCCUACGCCCACGAGUCCGGUCCACUCGAACAACUAUUUCAUAGGGGACACGUGGAAAAUUAAGGUCCUCCAGAACACCCGAGUGAUCUCGACCGUGAAAGAAUCCCUCUUCGUGAACAAUGCCAUCCUGAAGGCGUCCUCGUACGAUGACCAGGCGGUGGUAUCCUUCGACUGCGAGGGUAUCAACCUCGGGGUCCGCGGCCAGAUCACAAUGAUCCAGCUGGGGACGACACGGGGAGAGGCAUUCAUCUUCGACGUCGCCACCUGCCCGGACAUGGUUCCCCAUGGUGGCAUCAAAGAGGUGCUAGAGUCCGAGAAGGUGAUCAAGGUGAUACACGAUUGCCGGAACGAUUCGGUUAAUCUGUACAACCAGUUCCAGAUCAUGCUGCGGAAUGUGUUCGAUACUCAGUCCGCGCACGCGGUGCUCCAGUUCCAAGACCAAGGCAAGCAGGUGUACAAGGUGAAGAACGUAUCGCUCAAUACGCUGUGCGAGAUGUACAACGCCACCAUCAACCCGAUGAAGGAUCAGCUCAAGAAUGUGUACCGCCGGGAUCAGAAAUACUGGGCGCGACGGCCGCUCACCCGCGACAUGCUUCUGUACGCGGCCGGCGAUGUGCUGAUAUUAAUUAACGAACAGCUCUACCUCAAUAUGGCAACAUCGAUCAAACCGGAAUUCCGUGAGCUCCUAGCGGAGCUGUGCACUGAGCAGAUUUUGAUGCUAAUCCGCCCAGUGGAUGUGAAGAUGCGUAAGAAGCAGCGUAAGGUGCGUUCAGAGAUCCAGGACCUGAAGGUGAAGCUGAAGGGCGCCAGUAAAAAUGUGGUGCUGAGCAAUCGUGAGAUACGAUUACUGAGAUACAUGGACCUAACGGAGGAGGAGAAGGAGAAGCUACGCGUCUCCUACAAGGUGGCGAAAAAGUUGGACAAACUGGAGAACUUCGACCGGGACCGUGGGGAUCCGAGUGAUUCAGAGGACGAGUGUGACGUAGCCGAGCAGGACUACCAGAGCCUGGACAGUGUUCCAUCGGACAAUUCCCUACCGGGCACGGGAUGCGGCAGUGGGGGACCGGGAACAUUCUCUCCGAAAAGUUCCGAACCGCCCAGUCUGACGGAAUCGAUGCAACUCAUGGACGAGAUUCUUUCAAACACCACAAUGGAUCGGAUGGCAAAGAUAGAUAAGCUCGAGGCAAUCCUAUCCGCGGCGACACUGCUGCCCAAUGACCAGUCCUUCACUGAAACAAUGAACAAUUUCAAUUCCAAUACGAUAGUAGUAACUAACGAUAAUAUUCUGCAGCCCGCGAAGAAGGAGGAACCCAAAGGACGAACUUUCAAAUCCACCGGUGCAGGAUCGGCGGGCGGCGGCGGGGGUGGUUCGAAAAUCUCCUCCCGCCUGCAGCACGGAACCACUCCACCGCUCGCUCAGCAAACAACGAGGGUCGAAACGAGGGAGGCUGGCUGCCAAACGCUCAGCACGGGCGACAUCGUUAUCACGAAGAUUUUCUUCAAGGAGGAACCGGACAAGAAGCAGGACAAAACAAUCAGCUCAACGGUGCGAAAGAAUGGCGAGUCGAUCGAGUUGCCGGUGCAGCAAACCCAGGCACUGGCCUGAGGGUACGCCAACGGUGGUGGUGGUGGCGGCGGUGGCGGCAGUACCUUCCAAGGGCGAUUACAACCAUCGACGGCGGCGGCACGAGCAGCGAAACCCAACGGAUUGAUCGUUUACCAGCGUGGGGGGAAACGAUGUGAAUAGUUUGAAUUUUAUUGGUUUAUUUUUUCUUUCGUUUUUUCUUUUGCUGGAAGGGUUUUUGAGUAAUGGAUAUCAGAUAUCUGUGGGACGGAUGUGUGGGUCGAGCCUUAGUUUUAAAACGUUAGGGGAGCGAGAGGACACGAUACAGUAUGAACGGAACGAUUAUUAUUUAUCAGUUGAUUCUUAUUCUCAUAUAUAUUUUUAAAAAUAUAAGAACAAAACGUAUUUAUCGGAACAAGAUAGGCGAAAGUUGAAAUGUUAGGCGAAAAGUUAUCAAUUGUAUAGAGUACCGAUGAUAUAUGAAUUGAGCGCCGAUUAUAGAUUUUUUUUUCUUUUUUUUAUAGAAAUAUAUUUAAAGUAUCGAAAAGCUCCGGAGAGGAAAGGCAUAGCUAUACACCCCACUCUAAUAAAUACACACUAAACGAUGAUGUUUUUUUUGUUUGCGCAUAGCAGCAGUUAGCAACGUAACCAAUUUUAUGCAGCUGAUGAUAGUUAACAGAAAUUGUGAAAAUAUGACGGGAAAAUGUUAGAUGAAAUCUGCUUCUACUAUACACUUAUCAGAAAGAUACUAACUUUAACAAUAUUAUUAACGAACGAUGAAUUUUGUGAAACAUUUUCAUAGAACAAAACGACAUAUAUAAAGCAGAAAAAUGAAUAAAAACCGCAAAAUAUUCUAACAAUGAAAAUAUAUCAGAAGGAGUUAAAGAACGGAAAAACGAAAAACAAUAAAUGCAGCAGCAUAUC